AUGGACACACCGCCGAGCAUCCGUCGGCAGUACGCGAGUCCUCCUCGCGAGACGCCCAUCGCGCGACGACAGCGCCUCGCCAACCGUCGAGCAGCCAAGUACCGUCACUCGCGAUCACAGGCCUCGAGACGGAAUGCGCUGGACCCGUCGAUCGAGCACCAGCGCCAGCAAAACAGUCGCAGACAGCGCGACCAUCGGUCACUAUUGGACGCCGAGACACGCGACCGCCUACGCGCGCAGAACCGCCGCCGUCAGCAGGUCCGGCGACAGAACCUGAGUGACGAAGCCAAAGAAGAGGUGCGGGUGAAGCAGCGCGAGCGGCAGCGGCAGCGUCGACAGACACUGGACGAUGAUGCGCGCGAGGAGCUCCGAGAGCGCGAGCGCCUACGCAUUACACGGCGACGACGGCAGCUGAAAGCCGUGAAGCGGCCACCGGAACAGCAUCAGGAACAGAUACAAAUGGACGAGCAGGAGGACGUACUGUCGGUGGAGUUGCAGCUGCUGCAGCCUUCACCGAUCGUACGAGAGCGACUGCCGCACUUGAGACUCACGCCCGAGUUGCCGACUUGGCGUCAACAUCAAGAGCAGCAGAGACAGCGAGAGAGACACAGUCAAUUGCCGCUGAGUGGAUGUGCGCAGAUUGCAGUGACGCCUCCCGCACUGGUGAUGGAAAGAGUCGGGACGUUUCCGCUUGAACGGAUGCCAUCGUUGCCUCACUUGCAACAAGUGACGAGGCCGUCGACAGCGUCUUCGUUGCUGCAUGCUACGCUGCCGCUGGCACUGUUCCCGAUGACUGGGACGACGACUGGCGGAGCAGCAAGUGCGACGUCGAUGGGGUUGCCCACGGUUGCUAGUGCAGUGGCUGCUGUAGCGGCAAGGCCGUCGCAGCCGACGGCGACGAUGCCGUCGUCGAGUUUGCCGCUAUCAAACCAAGCGCUGACUGCCUUGCCGAUGGGUUUACCACAGCAGCCGCAACAACAACCCCGCACACCCAUUGGGCUCCCACCAGGACAUCGCUCGCUUCCCCCGUUACCUGACUUUCUUAACAGCCGCGAGUCUUUUCAUCUCGCCAGUGCUGUUGCAGCCACUUCGGCACAGAUCCCACGGUCUUUGAGCAGUGCAAGUCGAGAUCUGUUUUCGUCUAUUACCGACUUUUCCGUAGUGCACACCGAUGUGCUGGACGCCGAGUCUUUUUUUCAAUCAUGA